GCACUUCUGCAAAUUAGUUAUUGCCCAGUUCCAGUUAGCGUCAUGUAUAUGAGACCAUUAAAAUGGAUUUUUUUGUUUCUCCUUGCAUUUUCUGUCAUAACAAUGUGGUACGUGACUUUUUCUUCCAACACUGUCGUUGAGCGUACAAACCUCCUGUAUUUCUAUGAAUAUGAACCGGUUUACAAGCAACACUACUUCUUCACGCUGCGGGAGCGCUUGAAAUGCAAAGACAUAAAUCCGUUUCUAGUCAUCUUGGUGUCUUCAAGACCCAAGGAUGUGAAGUCAAGGCAGGCCAUCAGGAUAACGUGGGGAUCUCAAAACUUCUGGUGGGGACACCAAGUUCUAACCCUGUUCUUACUAGGUGAGGACACUCAAAGAGAAGACGAUGCUGCAGCACUGUCGGUAGAAGAUGAAAGCAUCCUCUAUGGUGACAUAAUUCGCCAAGAUUUCAUGGACACUUAUGACAAUCUCACCUUGAAAACGAUCAUGGCAUUUAGGUGGGUCGCUGAGUUCUGUUCAAAUGCUAGGUUCCUCAUGAAGACUGAUGCUGAUGUCUUCAUCAACACUGCUAACUUGGUAAAAUUUCUUCUGAAGCUAAAUUCCUCAGAAAAUAUUUUUACUGGUUAUCCCCUUAUAGAUAACUUUGCCUACAGAGGCUUUUACAAAAAAACAUACAUCUCUUACGAUGAAUAUCCAUUCAAGUUGUAUCCUCCAUAUUGCAGUGGGAUGGGUUAUAUAUUGGACGGAAAACUGGCUCUGAGGAUUUAUGAACUGAUGAGUCAUAUUAAACCUAUUAAAUUUGAGGAUGUUUACGUUGGAAUUUGCUUAAAUAUACUUAAGGUGAACAUCAGUAUUCCAAAAGAUAAACAACAAUUCUUUCUUUAUAAAAUAAAUUUCGAUAUCUGUAAGUAUAGACAUUUGAUUGUAGUACAUGGCAUUACGUCAAGUGAAAUAAUCAGGUUUUGGCAGGAUUUGUCAUCAAACACGUCAGUUACUUGCCUUUGA